CCAUAAGGGCAAUAACAACCGGACGGUAAGGUAACGAACAGUCUUGCAGUGUAAGAAAGAGAUUUGAUUGAUCGCUUUCCGUAGCAGUAUUUAGUGUAACCCGGUACUCAAUGGAGAUUUUUGUCCCGAUGCAUCCAACUAACUUAACCCAUCCGCGUUUGUUAAAGGUCCUGAGAGAUAUUGUUACUCCCCGCCCAGAGAUCACUUUUCGAGAAGACGACAUACAGACCCUCAACAAGGAAAAUCCCCGGUCUAUGCUUUAGCUCUUUAACUCGGAGUUGGGUCAGGUUUAGAGCACAUUCUGUCCCCUCCCGUGCUUUUCCUCUACGUGCAUAUUACUUAUUCCCUUUUGUUUACUGGAAAAUAACAUAAAAGAAGGAAAAGUUACUUGCCGAAAAAAAAAAUGAAUAGGCCAAACAAUCACGGUACCAGCCAUUAUAGGUGAACUCAUUUUGAAGAUGUGAUGUUUUUGAAAACUUCUAUAAGGAGGAGGGUGCAAGCUCAGCAACAAAAUAUUCAGUGAUUAGUGCAACUCUGAUUUUGAGUAUGUUACUAGUUCGCGCCAUUUUUCGAGGAUGGCAAAAUCCACAUCGUUUGGUUUCCGGGCCAUAACGAAGUAAGGGAAAUGAAAGGGCAGACGAUUUGGCGGUGAAGGCCAGAGGACUGCCGUCAAUAAACUUGGUUAACUCGUAGCCUUUUGGGUCGACGAAGUCCGAAUUAAGGGAGUGGACGUCGAAUGCGCAAGCAACCUUGUUGAACAGCGAAACGGUCGGUAGGACGGCGAAAAUCCUCUGUAUCAUAACGUCGUUGGUAUUAUAACGGGACACAUAGGACUACGAGCUCACUUAUGUAAAAUCGGUGCGGCAAGUGAUAGCAUGUGUAGGGCAUGCGGGGAAGAUGAUAAGACGGCUUUCGUGUCUAACAGAUACCGGCACUGAGGUGGAGACACAAUACCAGACAUGAACCAACUUAACAGGGUGGUAUUGAAAACAAUUAGGGAUUUUGUAAGUAUCACGGAAUUCCUGACUUAAAAUUUCCUUUUUAGAGGUUCCUUAUUGAUACAGACAAAGAAACUGUUAUUCUUUUCGGCAAACAGUUUAACUUUCGAUAAUUUUAGGUUUGAAAACACGAGAGUCUUAGUUGGGAGCUGCAUAUGGAGUAGCUGCAACUGCAGUCGAGGGAAGAGUCUCAAAUACUGAGUGCCUAUAAUGCUCGACACGACAAGGCGAGAUAUUGGCACCUUUAAUAACCUUCAAAUACGGUGACUACCGUAGCGCAGAGGUCAAUUGAACCGUCAGAGGUGAGUUCUCUCCUGCAUCGAGAGAAGCCCAACAUGACCGUCAAUAUGGGAUUUAAAAUUCUGGAGAAUCGUAGUAUUAUUGUGGACAUUCUUGCCAUUCUUUUCGGCAUUGGCACCUGGGUUGGCAUUAAUGGCACAUUUAUACAAUUGCCAUUGUUGGUAGAGGUGGCCCCCGAGGGCUGGAGCUUGCCUUCAUAUCUCAGUGUGAUGGUGCAAAUUGGCAAUUUGGGACCCCUUACAUACACACUCAUACAAAAGUUUUGCAAAAAAAAUGAUGCCCCCAUGAUCUAUAUACUGCUGGCCACUGGGACACUGUCGGCCAUAUUAACAGCAUUUUUCUAUGACAAAACCGCAAAGAUAUUUGGUGAACAGCACAGCGUAGCCCUGUUUGCAUUGACAAUUUCUACAGCGUUCACUGCAUGCACGAGUUCAGUGCUUUUUAUGCCCUACAUGGGACGAUUCAAGGAAAUCUAUUUGGUAACCUAUUUCAUGGGAGAAGGUCUAAGUGGACUGCUGCCCAGUGUAGUGGCCUUAAUUCAGGGCAUUGGCGGCACUGCAGAAUGCAUUUUGGUCAACGUCACCGAGACGGGAGAGAACGUUUAUGAGAAAUACGUGCCGCCUCCUCGCUUUGGUACAAAAGAUUUUUUUAUAUUUGUAUUCGUAGUAAUGCUAAUGAGCUGUCUGGGCUUUACUUUGCUGGACCGGUUGAAGUUGGCCAAAAAACAAUACGCUGCCGUCAAAGUGGGCCAAGGCAAUGAUUAUCAAUAUGAGAGGGACGAGACGCCCACGAAGUCUACAUCUCCCGAGGUCAUUGAAAAUAAGUCAGUGGAUACGAAUAGUAAUGAAAACAAAACUUCAGAUCUUGCACCAGUUAUAUCCUCACAAGUUUAUGUGUCCCUACUAAUGCUGAUUGCGGUGGUGUGCUUCUUCGCCAAUGGUAUUUUCAAUAGCAUACAAUCCUAUUCCUGCCUGCCAUACGGUGGUCAGGCGUAUCAUCUGUCGGCCACCUUAAGUGUGAUUGCAAAUCCAGUGGCUUGCUUUUUGGCCAUAUUUUUGCCCCAUACAUCGGUGCGCAGUAUUCUAACAUUGACCAGUUUGGCAGGCAUAUUAGCGGUAUAUGUCUUUGUCACAGCUGCCAUGAGCCCUUUUCCCCCAUUGCAUGGUACCACAAUUGGAUCUGUUUUAGUGAUAAUAACAUGGACUUUGCUGGUUGGUUUGGUUAGCUACAUAAAAUUGAGCAUAUCCACAGUCAUGCGUUCUCAAGGCGGUAAAUCUUUAGUUUGGACUGGUGGUUUAUCCCAACUAGGCUCACUGAUUGGCUCUGUGCUUAUAUUCCUGCUGAUCAACUAUACAAACAGUUUUACUGCUGCCUAUGAUGAUUGCUGAAAUAGGUUGUUGCUCGUCUAUUUAUUGUAUUUGGUUAUAGGAAAUGUAAAUAUUUUUUUAACUGCAAACGGAUAUUUAAAUAGUUUUGUACCACAUUCAAAUUUACAGAAUAUGGUUGGGCUGUACUUUUAACAGUUUUUUACAAAUCCUAGGGCUGUAUAAAGCGGGUACUUGAACGCCCUAUUCAAAACACUACAAAUCCGAGAGAGGCUCAAGCAUUUUUUAAUCUUGCAGCUGAAGUGUUGUUAUAGUAAGAACAUAUAUUUGUAGUUCCUAGCCUGAACUGUAUAUGCAAUGUCAUCCAUAAUAGAAUGCGACUUUAUAUAGUUCAUUUCGCAAUAACCAAUAAUGUUCAUGGUAAUAUUUUGUAAAUUUCCUUUUUGUCAUCUCCAAAGAUUUGAGCAAAUCCAAUUUGUUCACUAUCAAAGGUUAAACCAAGCAGGUCCAAGUUAUUCCUCAAGUUAUUUUUAAUUUUAUAUAUUUUCGGAAAUCCCAAAGUACAAAUCUUGUCAUGAGUUUUCUUCAAUUUAAAUUCGUUUACAUGUUGUUUGUUUUUUCUUGUUCUAAUUUGCAAAUUUUUAAUUAUGUGAUAUCCUUAAAAA